GGGUGUUGUGAGUAUUGCGGAACGUCAAAACUCUGAUCGCCAAAUCGUGUUGUUUUCCCUCGAUUUCCUUCAAAUAAAUUACAAAAAUAGACGGAAUGUGGAAGUAAAGUGCCCUAAUUAUUAUUUACGAGCGUUUGGUAUGCGCCGUUUUAAUUUCGUUCGUUUAUCUGGGCUCGCAUCCAGAUAGUAGUAAACAGAAGAUGUUGCAACAUUUGAUCCAGUAUUUCUGGCAUGAGAUAGUUAACAAAUUACAAUAACACCUAAAGCCCUGCAGAAGCACAUAUGGUACAUCUCCUAAACCGACCGCCGAGUCCUGUUGAAAAUGAGUUCCAGACCGAACUCUGGCUCAAGAACUUCAACAGGGCACAGGAGGGCAGAGUCCGGAGGCCACCAUAGGCACAGUUCGUCCAGUUCGGGACAUAACCGUUCAGAUUCCGGUCAGAGUGUUGGCUCCGAUCUACACGGCGAUCGGAAACACGGACACCACAGGUCCAAAAGUGGGGUGCACGUCUCCGAGAGGGAAUACACUAGAGAUAAUGAUUUGCACAAUAAAGUGGAAUUCCGUUCGGCACAAAGUGUAAAUACAGAGGCUUAUCAUGCGAGGCCCACGUCUCUUUACCCAUUAAAGAGCAGCACGGAUAGCGGAUUGGUGGGUCCGGACGCAUUGCAACCUGAAAGGGAACCGAUCAAGUUCGAGAUUAACCUGGUGGGGGCUCCGCCGGAGGUCGAGCAGCUUGUCAACAACAUUAAACAGGUUGCAGAACAGUUUUUGUACCACUGGAAAACGUUUCCUAUUAUUCUGCCCAGUCCGGUAUCGCAAUGCGACAGUUUUCCCACGUCUCAAGUCUCUUCGGAUGGUUCUUUGGGGCGUUGCAAGCAAAAGUACCACUUGAGGGAUCUGUUUAUAGCACCCUCGUUUGACGAACUGGACGCGGUAGCGGUGGAUGCCAAAGGAGAACCCCGGAAACUUUCCGGGAAACAGCUGGAGUACAUUCGGGAAAGGGGCUUGCACAAGGAUAAGUUUGGAAAACCGAAAAGGUUGAACCAGGAACAGCUAGAAAGUAUAAAGUUAUAUGGGGAAUUCGAGGUGGACUCCCUGAACUUUCCGGGACAACAGCACCGUUGGCGCCUCUCCCAACUCCUCCAAAAAGGUUCGGCCAACAGUAGGGACACCCUACUCGACGACUUGGCGUUGGCUUUGCGAUUCAUCUUCGUUACCGCGAAAGGGCGAAUUUUUUCGCACUUUUUUAGUGUUAAAGUGGCGGCCAAGUCGCUGAUCAAAGCCCUACUUAGGAUCCUGGACAUUUUAAUCGGGAUUCCCAGCUUACAGGCGCACAAUUUGGAUGCGAAAAUUAGGGAGGAACGUAGCAAGUAUUUGGUGGCCGAGCUGGUUUGUAGAUCGGAAAACGAAGACGCCGUGGAGAUCCUCUGCUCCUACCUGAAAAAACAACUGCGCAGGGCGGCGACCGAAAAAUUCGAAGUGGCACGCGAGUGCAGUCAACCCCCGGUGGCGCUUCCCUACCGUUUUCUCACGCCCUCCGGUACCGAACUGGAUCUGCGCCUCUGGGACCGGAACUUGAUGCGAAAAGCGCUUCCGGUUCUGGUGUCGAUUUUGGAACGGGAAACGCGCGGGUGGUUCCUACAUUUCCGCGAGCGUCUGAUCGCCGAACUGAGGGAGGAAAAGAUGCCGGACGAGGACAUCGAGCGGGAGGUGAACGAGGCGGUGAUGAAGGAGUACCUUCAGCGGGUCUACAACAGUAUUUUGUCGCAUCCGGACAUUAACGGCCUGGGGGAGGGAGUGGCUCAAUUGUUGGUCCAGCAGGCGCAGAGUGUCGUUUCGAUGCAUCGCGCGGUGGAAAACGUGCAGCACCGUCUACAAAAAACCCUAGACGAAGUGAAAACGCGACUGAAGAACCUGCAUCCAAUUUUAUCGCGGAUAGAACCGUGGCUCAGAGCAAAACUGAGAUGUUCCGAGCAGCGGUUCAGUCUGGAGAACCAGUGGAGCGCACACGAGGAAGCCUUGGCUCUCUGUAACUCCCAGAGGCUCUACCAAACCAUUUAUUUUCUUAGCAGGGACUUGGCUUUUAUGAGAGAGAGGGAACCGGCCCUCCUGAGGGAACUGAAAAAAGUGAAAACGCCCACGCGCAGUUUCCUGUGGCCCACCCAAAUCUGGUUGCCGACGAACUGGAUCGUGAGGCGGAACUUUCAGGGGCAAUCGGAGGUCGUGCCCACCGUUUUGAGUAAACAGGCGACCAGCAUCACCACGCCCAGGUCUGACCCCAGUCAGCCCGUCUUCCUGGUGGAAAAAGAAAUAGUGCGGACGACCACGACCAGAUGGCCCCUGUGGCGCGUCUUCAACUACUUCCAUCGCACCUGGUGCUGGACGUGGAACGCGAUGUUCUUCUUCGGCAUCGUCAUCCCGUGGUGCAGCCCGUUGGGAGUGCGCGCCCUCCUGCUCCUCGAGCCGUUCAUGCCCGACUUCGAACUGUCCCAGGUGAACGGCACCUUGUUCCUAAGGAAGAGCAGCUUAACGCCCACUUUGGCAUCACGGCUACUAAACCUGUGGCGACACAUUUCCAAAUCGCGCACCCACUUCGAAACGAAACCGGACACCGGAUUUAUCGGGAAAGGAUUCACCAGGCACCUGAACCGCGUGUGGAAUUAUUUUUUUAAGGGAUUGUUCGGGACUAUCGGGCUGGUGGUGGUGUUCCCUUUGGGGUGUCUGUUGGCCAUUGUCGUAAGCGUUUUCGUGGCUUUUAGCGCGGUCGUUUGGAUGCCCGUGUUAACUUUGUUGGUGCAGAUUACCAACGGGUUGGUGUACGAUCUGGACAGUCCGGAGCCGCAAAGAAACCGGUUUUUUGUCCUCUUUGAGGCCUUGUUGUGGAACGCUUUGAUCCAGGGAUGUUUGCAACCGCUCGUCGCUCUAGUUAUUGCCGUUAUUGUUUGUCCGGUUUUAACUGUAGUGAUUCUUGCUGGCGCGGUGGGGCGCUACUGGUUCAGGCUGCUAUGGGACACCGUGAUAUUCCACUUGAUUAUUAAGAAACGGGGCAGAAUUCCGGCGAGCGAUAGUUUCGCGGUGAAAAGGGUGUCCGGGCCCGGAUUGGCCUCCGAUUACUACUUUCAAAUCAGUCCGGAACAAGCUCUGGCCGCCUUCGAGGCCAAAAUGGAGUGGGAUCAUUUGGCUUGUUAUCAAACCGUGGUGGAAACGACGAUAGUGCAGCCCCAAAAGGACUUUAGCCACUUCGUCGAGGCGUGUUUCGGGAGUUUUUCCGCGCAGCUCUCCAAGAACGGCCCCUAUAAGAAUCUGGAAAAGGAGGCGCAGGAUCUACUGACGGUUUUACAUGAAAAAUUGGAGAAACGACGCAGGGACUUGCAAACCGGACUGAGCGUCACCGUGAAGAGUAAAGUGAAACUGACGACUUUGGAGCUGAAGAUCGCCAUCCAACAAGGGGCCAUGAUGCUGGAAAGGUUCUAUCCCAGUCAUAUGUUCGCGAAAUUGGGGUGUACAGAGGACGAGUUUUGGGAUAAUAAGGCCCUUAGUCCGGGAGAUUGGGCCGGUUUGGCAGCUAUGCUCUACUCGGAGCUGUUCAGUUUGGACUUUUUGACCCCGUUGGAUCAUACCGAUACGACUUUUAGGCUCGAUCCACAUCCGCAGGCGGAUUUGUCGAGGUAUACGGAAAUGGUGCAGUGCACGCAACUAGGUGCAGGAGGUCCCGAUCUUUUAGGGAACGUUUAUACCCCCCGGGGUAACAUUCAAGUCCACUCGCCUUAUUUGGAGGUGUCCGCUUUUAAUCCCAGGGUUAAACAGGCCGCCACCGGGAAGAAGACUGAGAAAAAAGUGGAAUGCACCACACCAUUAGGAUCUCUGAGGAGCGCCCAUAAAGCCCUGUGGACCCCCUGGAAACGGCAUUACCGACCCUACUCCCCUGACAAGUUGGUGAUCCCGUUGCCGGUGCCACAUCCCGCACAAAUUGCCGUCACUAUUUAUAACAGAGACUCGGACGAUCCGAUUAUCUUAGAAUCGGACGUUUGUCAAAGUUUAUUGCGUUGUAUAGAGGAACAUCACGCAUCGCCGGACGAUAGCGGUAUCGGUCGUUUUCGUAGCGCCGAAGAUUCUUGCGGCACGAUGAGUUCCAGUUCGGGGGGCACCUUGGACAGUCCGCCGCCCCCGUCCACCCGCAUCGACGAUUCCCACGCCGGCAACAACGACGGCGGAGUUUACCAGUGGACGUUGAGCAACUGGGGCCAACGGAAGCGAAAUAAUUCCGGGAGCGUCCGCGUAGAUCUGGCCAGUCCGGAGGACGUGACGUUGGACAGCGACAGCACCAGGGUCGUGUUUAGUACGUACGGUACCACCGUGUGAAAGAAUCCCGCUUGCACAAACUACAGGAUUUUUUUUUUGUUUUGAUGUACGGGGUGUUUCAAAAAAAAAAGAGUUGAACUUGACCCAGUUUGUUUGUUAUUGGUAAUGAACAGGAGACGGGAUGUUUUAAAUGACUUGAACAUUUUUUGAGUUAUUUAGGUCGAGGAAUUCGAAUAUGGCCUUAGUUUUGUUGUAGUCUACAGGGAGUAACGCCUUUAUGAGUUUUCCAAUUUUUAUAAAUUCAAGGGUCACCAUUAUGUGGAGCAGAAUUUCCAUAUGCAUUUUGCCCUUUUUUUUCAAAUUUUUAAACUAUAUACACUUUGCUACAGUAUUAUGCCAUAAAAGACGUUCCAAAUGCACUUUGUCCCAUGCAAAUUAAAUAAUGAAAAUACCUUGGACUUUCUAUAUGGUAUAUUUCCAUGACCAGUAGACAAACUAAUAGAAGUUUGUUCUUACACCGUUGACUUAUUGCCAUUUGUUUGUCGUUACACUUGUUGCGGUUAAAAGUGUUUAUUUUGAGUACUUUCAAGUUUUUUGUUUUUUACGGAAUAAAUUUAAAAUAAUGGAUUUCCCUGUGACAGGGGAUCAUAUAGUUGGUGAUACGGAUCGUGGUAGUAGAAAAAGGAAAAAAAAUCUUACGUCUAAAGAGCGUAAAAGUAAUGUCAGGUAAGUUUUAAUAAUUUUAAGGUUAUGUUUGUAUUAUGCUAUUGUUUAGGUACCUAAUAUUACCUAUCCUAUAAGUUCUUAUGUUGUUCUCGUUAAUAUUUUAAUAUUAGAUUUUAAAGGCAUUCAGAUCAUUAUCCUAAUUUGGAAGAUCUUGUCGAUUUUUCCUGUACAUAUCCUAAACGAAAGGAUUUUUUUUGCCAUGAACUAUCCCAAGGCGACAUAAGGACAAUCAGAAAUAUGUAUUUCAAAACGACAAAAAAAAUGUCCAGGAUAAUAAAUUGGGACAUUUUAUGGAUGUUGGAAAACCAGAUAGAAGUCGUAACCGAAAAGCAGGAAGAAAAUCCCACAAUUUUGCUACAAGAUAUCAUGUAAGUUUAACUUAAAAAUUUGUAAUUUUUUAUUUUGUAUUUAAAUGUUAUUUGUAAUCUUAAAUUUAUGUAAUAUUCUUUAUUUUAGGUUAUACAUUUGCCAGAAAUAAUUUUUAGGAAUAUUUAGUGUUAGUCAGAGACGCGUGAAUACUAUUGCUCGGAAAAUGCAAUCUGGUAUUGGUAUUGUUGAGAAGCGUGGAGGAGAUAAACGCUCUUUUAAAAAUGUAAUUAAAUUUAAAGCUAUAAAAAAAUUUAUAGCCAGUUUGAUAGGACAUGAAAGUCAUGGCACGUCCGUUGCCAAAUCUCAUCGCAUUUAUCUUUCAUCCGAAAAUGAUAUCACUGUUUUAUGGAAUCUGUACAAUGAGAAAGCAGUUGAAAAUUCGAAAGUAAAUUAUAAGUAUUUCAGUAGAAUCUUUAAUAAGCAUUUUAAUAUUGCAUUUGGGAGCCCUGCCACCGACGUAUGUGGUUUUUGCGUUAGGACCCAAACAUCUAUUAGCAUUUGCAAAGACAAAACUGAAAUAAGCAAAUUAAAAACUUCUUUACGUUUACAUAAACUACGGGCGAAACCAUUUUUCAAUCUAAUGAAUGAAAAGCCAGCACAGAAUAUCUCUUACUGUUUUGACCUUCAGCAGGUUCAAGUCUUACCGAAAGUGCCCAUUCAAGAUGCAUUUUAUGCCCAGCAGUUGUCUUUUUACUGUUUUUGUGUUACCAACGUUGAUAUUCAAAAACCAGUUUUCUACACCUGAAUGGAAUGUCAAGCAAAAAGGGGAUCUGCAGAGACAAGCUCUGCUUUACGGGAUUUUCUUAAUAAAUCAGAAUUUGAGCCCGAUAUAAAACAGAUAAGACUAUUCGCAGAUGGGUGUGCCGGGCAGAAUAAAAAUGCACACGUGAUGCAUGUGCUUAUGCUAUGGCUGUACAGAGAUGCCCCGCAAAAUAUUAAAUCUGUGGUUCUUACCUUACCUCCGGUACGCGGCCAUUCGUAUUUGCCAGCGGAUCGUGUUUUCGGGCAAAUAGAAAAAGUUACACGAUCCUACAGUACAAUAAAAACACCUACAAAAUAUCAUGAAAUAUACUCCAAGAAGGGAGACGUUAGACAAUUUGGUAAGGACUGGGUUGUUUACGAUAUAAAAACUGCGUUAACCUCUUUAAAGAAAAUUGAAGGGAUCAGUGCGGCCAAACGGAUUAUUAUUAAGAGAUCACAAAACAACAGCAAUAUUUUGCUUAAGACCGAGUUGUUAUACAGAAAUGACGAUCCAUCCAAGCAAUUUCAAACGUUAUUAAAACGCGGAAAAAAGCUUUCGACUUUACAGCUACCUGUUGUAAUGCUUCAAAAUGAUCUUAAAACAAAAAAACUCCAGAGCCUCUCAAAACUUUUGGUGGAACUAUCAGGAGCAAAUUGGAUUAAUGGUCCUGAGUUAACAUGGUUGCAACCUAUUCUCUCUAAUAACCGUGAACAAAAUGAGAAUCAAGUGAACCAAGAUGAAACUGAGGGUGAUAAUGCUAGCGAAGAAGGUGACGUGCUAUGUGAUUGCAAUAAUGAUGACGACGGGGACCUCUAUGACAUUUAAAAAUAUUUUGUAUAUCAAAAAUAAAAUACUCAUCUUAAAAACCUACUUACGUUUUUUUCAUAUCCUUGCUAUACUUAUUCAUGCCGCUUUUUAUAGACAAACAAAAUGCAAUUUGUCCAAGGUUGAGAAAUUAAAUGCAGUAUGUCCUACAGUUUUUCAAAGUUUUUUAGGAUAUAAUCAAUACCAGAUUGUCUGCAUAUAAGUACAUCAUUUGCAUAAUUUUUGAUCAAUUUUUCGGGUAUAUCAUAUUUUCGAUAAACUUCUUGCCAGACACGUAGCGGUUUUCGCUUAUUUGCCAAAAUUAUAAAAAAUGGACAAAAUGCAUCUAGAAAGGCUGCUUCUCAUAUAUUUAAGGAAUACUAAAAUUGACAUAAUGGCACUAAAAACGUUGUAAUUUUUACUUUACCAUGGUACUAUUGAGCUAAAUACUUAAAUUGUUUGGAAAAUUCAACUAAAUAAAUACGUAGGUAUUUUUUUUGAAACACCCUAUAUAAUUGCAUGUAUGUAAUUGGUAUACAAAGAUAAGGAGUUACAACCAUCUAGUUUCAGACAGUUCCCAUUCGAAUAUCCGUUUUGGAUGGAAUGUGGUGGCCAUUAUAACGGUUUAAAUCCGGAUCUGAUUCGAGUUCAACUCUCUGUUAAUACAGCUUUAAUUUUAUUCUAGUGAUUUAUUUGUUUUUUAGUUUAGGUGCAAUAAUUUAGAAUUCACACCCAUUAUGAGUGGGGAAAAUUAAGCGAUUAUUAUUAUUAUUAUUAUUAUGCUUACAGUAAACCUAAGGCCAAAUCUAAUAUUUUUAGGCAGAAAUUACGAGCAUACAAAUCGACUAUUGUUGUAUGAAAAGAAAAUGAUUCGUUUAUGGCAAAAAUAACCUUCAAAAAAUUAAAUUAUUAUUAAUACGACGAUAGAGCUCAAGAACUCAAUUAGUUUAUUUAAUUAAACGUGAACCCACAAAGAGUUAUGAUGAGUAUGAAAUUAUUGAGGAGAAAAGGGGAUUCAGGAGUAUGUACCAAGUAUCCCAAAUUCCAGUAUCUCGGUAUAAAUUAUAAAUUAGGGAUAAAUUGCGAAGUAGAUUUAUGUUUUCAGUAAAUUUGGACACGGCUACAUUCAUUUAUAUGAAGUGUUUUUUUUUUUGUUAUAUAGUGUGUUAACUAUUAUGAUUUCAAAUAGUUUACAUGCUUUAAUAUAUUUAUUUAAAAAAAAAAUUAAAGCACCAAAGUUAACCUAGUUAUGCCUUUGAUUACGUGCUGUUCAUUGGGUUUUAAAGGACAUAAAAGAAAACAAUAUUUUAAAAAAUAUAUAUUUAAAAAGGUGCACUGUAUCCCAUUGUAGUUGUAAACGCAUCUGCAUUUAAUGAAAUUGGUACUCAAAGAACAACCCUUUUCCAAAGAAUAAUUUGACAUAUGAAGCAUUUUUGUGGGUAUAACAGUUUCUGGGUUAGAGUCAGAUUUGCCUGAUCAGUACCGUAAAACCCCAUAACAUUUAACACUUUUCGUCUUUUGCAGAUUCUUAACAAUAUACAAUAGAGAAAUAGUAUUGUAAGCAUAUUGGGGGGGACCAACAAUACCUUUAAAUAUAUAGAACAAAAUGUUUACAUUUAGGCAAGUUUUUAAAAAAAUAGGGUGUUCAAUAUUAUGGGUACAGAGACAUAACUUUAAACGAAGCUUUAAAAUCACUUUAAUGUUCAAUUUAUUGCGCCGUAAUUGUUUCAUUGCACAAAAAAAAAACAUAUAUUAUGUGUUAAUAUUUUGUGUAUCUACAUAAAAAAAACUUGCAAUGAAAUUAAACGCUCAUAAAAUGAUUAAUAGAUAUUUAUUGAAAUAAACAGAUAAACGAAUUGUUUAACAAAACGCAAAUGAACAAAUAAAAGGUGCAUAGGUUAGAUAUUACCUAAAGAUACAAAAGAUUAGGUAUUAAUUAAACAUAACAUUUAUUUUUUUUUGUUAACAAAAAAUAACAAAUACCCGUAAAUACCACUCACGCCAACUAAAUCAUAAUUAUUCAUAUAUUACCUAAAAAAAUAACAUAUGUAAAUAGGUAUUACCUACGUUAGAUACUAAUUAAAAGGAAACAAAUUUUCUUUUUUCGGCAGAGGGCAGGUCGAGAUCAGAUGUGAAAGGACCUGUAUGAUAGGACCUUUUAAAUUGGAAAAGUAUUGCGUCAUUUUCUCAGGUGUUAUGCUUGCCUUAGAUUUUUUUAAAUUUUGACAAAUUCUUAAAGUGAGAUCAUUUUUGUGUCUUCAUAAUUGUUAUUAAUAUAUUAAUUAGUAUAAAAGCAAAUUUAGAAAUGGUUUUAUAGCAACAAAAUAUCACUAUUUUAGUAGAUACAUACUGCAAAUACUAUGGGCAAUUAUAAAGGUAUAAAUUCUUAUUAGGGAGGUAUAAAAGUGGGGUAUAAAAAAGGGAUGUAUAAGACUUUUUUAUGUGUUCUUCAUUGUUCAUGAAAAUAAAUGAAUUAAUCAUGUAGUGGUUAAAAAGUAAAAUUGUGAAAAGUAAUUCAAUAAACCGGAAAUUGCUGUAUUCACUUUUCUUAUCUACCGGUUUCAUUUUUAAAACCAAAAUUACUUUUUUAGGGCGCUUUCAAUAAUUACCUAAUUCGACGUUUCGGCUCUCUGAAACCAUCAUCGACUUUUUGUGUUUUCCACUAUUUUAGAAUGUGGCAAAAUUAUUGUAUCGCUGUCAGGAUUUCGAACCAUUCAAAAUUAUGCACUAAAACUAAAUAUGUAAUAAAAUCCAUAUUAGAGAAGUUGAUGAUGGUUCCAAAAAACCGAAAUUUUAAACAAGCUUCUAGACAUUCUAUGAAAAUUACCUAAUUUCCAGUUUUUCGUGGAGUACUCCAGAAAUUUGCAAAUUUUUUGAAAUCCCAUCCUUUAUCUCUGAAAUUUGGGAUACCUGGAUACCUUCCCACUAAUUAAAUUUUCCUCGAAUGGCUCAAACACCUUUUUUUACAAAAAGAGCCAAAACACACAUUUAGCAAUAAAUAUAUGACACUGCACAAAAAAAAGAAAACCGGAAACAGUUCCCACAUUAUUUCCGGUGCGUUUUUACACCGAACGAUCGACAAAAAAUUCAAUUAGAUCUAGUAACGAACGGUUUUCCUUCCACCCUAUAUAUAUAUAAUUACAUAAACUAGUACAUAACAUGUCCAGUAUAUAAAUGCUUAUGAAUUUAAAAACGAAUUUUUGUUUUAAAAAAGAAUAACAGCCAGUUUGUUUGCUGCCGCCGCCACUGUAAACCUUUUUUCUGAAAAAUUGUAGAUUUAAGCGGAAUUAAUUCGUAAUUAAUUAUAGUGAGAGCUCUUAUUACUCAUGACAGUUUUUUUAGGGAGAUUGAAGAACCAUAGACGCCAGAUUGAUUUAAUUAAUUCACUUUCAAUCCGGCCACCCUAUGGUUACCUCUACGCGAUUCAAAACUGACUCAAGACGCUUAUUUGUAUGUUGUUUUUUUUUUUUGUAUAUAAUUUUAUAUAUUGUAUUUAUUAAAUUUAGAAACACGUUUAUCUAAGAUAAAAUAAUAUAGAUCUGAACUUUUUUAGUACAAUUGUACAAGGGCCAUAGUGUGACCAAGAAAUUUGUACUGAAAGGGUUUUAUUGCUGUGAGAUUCAAUGCUUUGUGUUAAAUAUAUUGUUUAUUAAAACGCAUUUGAGACUGA